AUGAGCAUUGUUAGCAGCCAAUCAAUGACCUCAGUUGAUUUCGAGGAAGGGGAAGUUGAAGAUUUAAGUGGCUCAGACCAUGAGGAUUCCGGUCACGAGUACACAAACUAUGGUCCGACAAAAGUUAGUCUCCAUAAGUCGUCAAAGCGCAAACGUCACACUGAGCGUAAUGCUGAUAGGUUUAGGUGUUCUCGUCGAGAAUCAACUGUUUUGUUGGGUCUCCGAGCUGUUGAGCUUCCACAUGUGGAUGGGCGGAAUGCAAACAGUAAGCGCUCCAAAGAGCGUAGUAAGCUACCAUUACUUGAAUUUCUGUCUGAAGAUGAAGAUGAUACUUACUUAAUGAACCAUGAGGAACCUGAUAAGACAAAGUCAUCUGAACGCAGUCGUAAGAGAAAAAAACGGAAGAAAGAUGCUCCUCAUAGAUCUGCUUCUCAAUCUAGGUGUAAAUAUUAUAUGGAUGGUCGUUGUAGCAAGGGGGGUUCUUGCCCAUUUCUUCAUGAUUUUACACCAGCAAAGAAAAAUGAACUGUGCAAAUUUUAUGCUGUCGGUAUGUGUUCCAAAGAGUCUGCGUGUUCGUUUUUACAUGGUGAAUUUCCGUGCAAGUUCUUCCAUCUGACGAAUGAUUGCCAUCAUGGUAGUGACUGCAAGUUUUCACACGCUCCUCUAACAGAAUUCACACGCUCUUUGUUAGAAAAAAUAUCCUCAAAGCAUAGCGUUGAUCGCUGUUCUAAACCCGGGCUUGUACGACAACCUGACUCGAAAUCUUUUAUGAGUGGCCGUCCGAGAAACGAUGAUCAUGGUGACGUUGAUUACAGAUUUGACCAGAAUCUCCCACAAAUGAAUAUACCAUCUGAAAAAGAACUUGCUACUCCUGGUUUCAGCCCUCAACGUAUGCCAGUUUUAACGCCGAAUCUUUUUGCUCCUGUCUGUACUCCUAGUCCUCGUCACUUCCGCCCAGAGCACGAAAUUUCACGCGCUAGGGGAAUGCGUCCGUUCAAUAUGGUUCCUGGUGAGCAGAUGCCUCAAACUGUGUAUCCCAAAAAUGACCGGUGUUUCCCUUCACCGGUGCCUUACGGCCCUGUACCAUUUCAGUCUCAGCACGUCAUGUCUAAUGCAACAUGUUCACCCACAGUUAACGGAUUUCGACCCCCGUCACUGCUUGAUACACCCCUUAGAUGUCCACCUUCAAGAAUAAUGCCUCCGCGAAUGCGGACGAUGGACCCUGGAAGCAUGAGAUUCCCUAGGUUUAGGCCUAGAUGUGAGACGUUUUAUGGGGCUGGGGUAAGGCCCUCUCCACCUAUUCGACCGAAUUUCGAUGCAGUACGUGAAGAAGCCAUAGUCAGUUCAGAACUCGAUAUGAUGGCAGCUCUUCUUGCUUCAAGUAAAACGAUGAAUGACGACUGUAAAAACGGUUCGACUAUCCCCCCUUCAUCGCCUACAUGUGUAGGUGAACAUAGCCUGCAACUCGAGAGUGCGAGCCCGCCGCAACUUUUUUCAAAAACUGAGACAGAAGCAAUUCCUCCUAAUAUUGUGGUUGAAGAUAGAUCCGCACCUGAGUUUACUACAACUACUCAGAUGGGUGGUGUCACUCCAUCCCAGGGUCCAGCACCUUGGCGUCUCAUCCCCUUGGACAUGACUGUCAAAAUUCCUUAUCCAUUGAUGGAGCUCCCUGUAGAUGACUUGCCAUAUCGUUUCGAAGAUCCAAGGUUGCGUGGCCAACUGACAACAUUCAGACUUCAACCUCCAUCAAAACCUUCGAGUGUUAGUGACCCAGAAAAUUCAAGGUGCAAUGAUGAACCAGAAGCACAAAAUCACAAUGAAACCAAUCCCAUUGGAACCAACGGUGAUAACCCAGGUGGUUUAACACAAAGACGACCCAUCAAACUGCAGUUGCAUGAAAUGGCUAACACCUUUGCUAAUACCUCAUCCGAUCAUUUACACGCACCUAGUCGGCAAGGUGAUCGUUCCUACCUUGAUGAUCCGCGAUUUCGAAGGCGAAGGAUCAUGGUCCCAGCACCAACCUCCCAGUCAGCUUCAAACGUUCUCAAUCAAGAUAACCCUAACAAUACACCACAAACUACACAAGAGUGCUCAAACUAA